ACAAGUAAUGCUUAGUAAUAGUAUGUGUAUAUCACACUAUGCUAUAUAAAUAACUCAUUCACUUAUAAUUAUAUAAAUACAAAAUUCAAACACUGCUGUGGUUUUUGGUAUCAGACCUGAGCAUUGUGUCGUGAUGUCAUGACCAGGUCAGCCGGUGGGUGGUGAAUGUGAAUAGUUUUAAGAGUGAUGUGCUGGGCAGUGGCCAUGGUAAACGUUAGCUGGGUUGUUUAGGUUUUAUUGCCAUCAACUUAAUCAUUGCAAAUGCUUUAUGAUCGGUUUAUCAGUGCUCUUGUACAUUGUGUUCUUGUGUGACAUAGAUUAUUGCUCAGGGGGGUUUCUCUUUCAUUAUCGCUCAGUGUUUCCCUUUCUUCGCUUUUUAAAAAUGUUUUUGUGCAUAGAGUGCAUAACAGAGGUUCUGCCAACCUACAGCAGGCUGGUCUCACUUCAUUCUUGUUUUUGUUUUUAUUAUUUUGCUCACUAGACUACAUACAGACAAAUUUCUCAUUUUGGAUUUUGCUUUUUGUUUUUGAACACUGUACCCUAAUCACCCAUUUCAUAUCCCCCCUGUCUGGCUGACUUAUUUCUGCACGACAGACAGAAUGACUUUAUCACUUUUAUGUUUAAAUUGAUGCUACCGGAUCAAUUUCACUCAUCUCACUCAUGUAGAGAUGCCAUUACAUCUAUGCCUGUAAGUAAGCAUGGUGUUUUCAUUCUAUACUGACAUGUUGGGCAAAUGAACUCACUGCGUGAACUGCCUGUUUCCACAAAGCUUGUUCUGGCUGUCCAGUAAUUAAUAACAAUAGAAAUAUGUUUGGAUCAUGAAAGGGUUCAGUUUUUGUGCUUAGAUACACAGUGAUGAUGUGAGGCUUGAGGUGCCUGUCUGACAUUCUUUCAGGAUAUUCAGAUACAAUCCACCAAAUUUACAAACCUUAUUUAGUCUCUACUUCACAGAAGUUUCAUGAAAUAUUGAUUAUGCUUUAUUUUAUCAUGUCUUUCAGUAUUGUACUACACCAUGGGAUGCAGAGCUCAAACAAUCAAUCAAAUCAAUCAAAUUUUAUUUGUAUAGCAUAUUUCAAAGAAAUUGUCACAAUACGCUUCACAGACAACCCUGGCCUAGACGCCCACAGGAACAAGCCUAAAGCAAUAGUGGCAAGGAAAAACUCCCGGUGGCAGAUGCAUAAUGAUUAGGGAACGGGUCGUGUGAGGUUGUGAGUUCAUAUCUCAGGUUGGGCUCUGCAGUCGUACCAUUGAACAAUCAGCCCAAAUUGAUAUAUUAAAUAUCUGGCUGUGUGAAUAGAGAGCAUAUAAAUAUAUGAGCUGGGUGAGGGGGCCUGCCAAUCACAUAAAUGAUAACAGUGUAUUAUAAUAAACUGCCCCGCCCCGAACCUGCCCGGCCACACCCACGCCUCAGUGAGAUGUUGCCACCCAAACCCUGUCCAAGGUUGCCAGCAGAACCUGGAACACACGUUAGGACAGGGAUGAUCCUGAAAGCAAUGGUUCCUUACCAAAACACCCACAGUCCAUCCUUUCACUUGUGUGUCUUUUUCUUCCAUCAAAAAAGGACUUGAUACAGAAACGAUUUUAAUGGUUUGCUUUAAAUACAUAUAAAAAGAGGUGCUCUGUAAAAUGUCUCGCAGUUCUCACACACUCACUCUCACUCUCAGACAUGCACAUACACACACGCAUACACACCUACUAUUACUACUACUCCAGUUACUAUCACUACAACACAAACUAAACACUCCCCCCAAAUUCAAUCCAUGCGCACCUACAUAUGUGCUGCAGUAUGCAGAGCUCCAGCUCUCUUCAUUUGUUCCACCCUGCAUGCAUUUCCUUGUAUUGUUCUCUGUUUCCCACUCUCCCAGCUUUUUCCCGGUCUCUGUUCUACAGGAAGCACCGCAGUUUGAAGAAAGUGCAAGACUCGGUGGCCUUUCCUCUCUUCGUUCACACCCCUCCCCCUCACCCUCACUCUCACCCAUCAACGCUCGCUUAGCCAACAGGAAAACUGCGACACUGCAUUUACCAAUGGGAAAUUAUUUACCACCUUUGCAAUCAUUUGGUGCUACGGAGAUUUUCCCAACAGACGUUUCCCUCAGUUUCAAUGGUUUCGACAUUAGCAAUAAGCAUCGCUGAACUCACCCAUGUUCUGUAGCCUACUAUAGAAGUUUCACUUUUGCUCGAUCUGGAACACAGGGUUAUACGGAAACGACUUCAAUAUGUGAGCGGGAACAGUCAGGAGUUGUGUCAGUCAGAUGAAAAUGGACCAAGACAGAGGGACUGAUAUGGCAGCUGGUGGUGUGAUCUCUCAUCAUGGGGAGGAGCACCGUCUCUCAGAGCUGAGGAUUGUGCUGCUGGGGGGGAGAUGGAGUGGGAAGAGUUCAGCAGGAAACACCAUCCUGGGCAGAGAGGAGUUUGAGUCUGGAAUAAGAACUGCACAGUGUGUGAAGAGACAGGGUGAAGUAGCUGGGAGACAGGUCACUGUGGUCGACACACCAGGCUGGUGGAGUAAUACUGUGAAGGACACUGCAGAGCUGGAUAAACAGGAGAUUGUGCGCAGUGUGUCUCUGUGUCCCCCGGGACCUUGCGCUCUCUUCCUGGUCAUUAAUGUGAGCUCAGCAUUCAGAGAGAAACACAGGAGAUCAGUGGUGGAACACCUGGAGCUUCUCAGUGAGAGAGUCUGGAGACACACUAUAGUGCUGUUCACCAGGGGAGACUGGCUGGGAGACACAACCAUUGAGCAGCGCAUUGAGACUGAAGGGAGGGCCCUCCAAGAGCUCAUAGAGAAAUGUGGGAACAGGUAUCAUGUUCUCAACAAUAAGAACAGGGCUGAUGGGACUCAGGUCCCAGAGCUGCUGGAGAAGAUAGAGGAGAUGAUGGCAGGGCAUGGAGGCUCUCACUAUGAAGUAGAUAGAAUGCUCUUACAGGAGGUGGAAGAGAAGAGGAGUGCAGUGGAACAGCGAGUGAAACAGAGGAUGUCGAAGGUUCAGAUGCAGAGAAAGACUCUCAGAGCACUUUUUGAGGGGGAGGAGCACCGUCUCUCAGAGCUGAGGAUUGUGCUGCUGGGGGGGAGACGGAGUGGGAAGAGUUCAGCAGGAAACACCAUCCUGGGCAGAGAGGAGUUUGAGUCUGGAAUAAGAACUGCACAGUGUGUGAAGAGACAGGGUGAAGUAGCUGGGAGACAGGUCACUGUGGUUGAAACACCAGGCUGGUGGAUAGAUUAUUCUGUGAAUGACACUGCAGAGCUGGAUAAACAGGAGAUUGUGCGCAGUGUGUCUCUGUGUCCCCCGGGACCCUGUGCUCUCUUCCUGGUCAUUAAUGUGAGCAAAGUGUUCAGAGAUCCAAAGAAGAGAUCAGCGGUGGAACACCUGGAGCUUCUCAGUGAGAGAGUCUGGAGACACACUAUAGUGCUGUUCACCAGGGGAGACUGGCUGGGAGACACAACCAUUGAGCAGCACAUUGAGACUCAAGGGAGGGCCCUCCAAGAGCUCAUAGAGAAAUGUGGGAACAGGUAUCAUGUUCUCAACAAUGAGAACAGGGCUGAUGGGACUCAGGUCACAGAGCUGCUGGAGAAGAUAGAGGAGAUGAUGGCAGGGCAUGGAGGCUCUCUCUAUGAAAUAGAUAGAAUUCUCUUACGUGAGGUAGAAAAGAAGAGGAGAGUAGUGGAACAACGAGUGAAACAGAUGAUUAUGAAGGUUCAGAUACAGAGAAAGACUCUCAGAGCACUUUUUGAGGGGGAGGAGCACCGUCUCUCAGAGCUGAGGAUUGUGCUGCUGGGGGGGGAUGAGAGUGGGAAGAGUUCAGCAGGAAACACCAUCCUGGGCAGAGAGGAGUUUGAGUCUGGAGUAAGAACUGCACAGUGUGUGAAGAGACAGGGUGACGUAGCUGGGAGACAGGUCACUGUGGUCGACACACCAGGCUGGUGGAUGAAUAAUUCUGUGAAGGACACUGCAGAGCUGGAUAAACAGGAGAUUGUGCGCAGUGUGUCUCUGUGUCCCCCGGGACCCUGCGCUCUCUUCCUGGUCAUUGAUGUGAGCUCAGCGUUCAGAGAUACAUUCAGAAGAUCAGUGGUGGAACAUCUGGAGCUUCUUAGUGGCAGAGUCUGGAGACACACUAUAGUGCUGUUCACCAGGGGAGACUGGCUGGGAGACACAACCAUUGAGCAGCACAUUGAGACUGAAGGGAGGGCCCUCCAAGAGCUCAUAGAGAAAUGUGGGAACAGGUAUCACGUUCUCAACAAUAAGAACAGGGCAGAUGGGACUCAGGUCACAGAGCUGCUGGAGAAGAUAGAGAAGAUGAUGGCAGGACAUGGAGGCUCUCACUAUGAAAUAGACGGAAUGCUCUUACAGCAGGUGGAAGAGAAGAGGAGAGCAGUGGAAGAACGAGUGAAACAAACGAUAAUGACGGUUCAGAAACAGACUGUCAGAACACAUUUUGACGGGGAGGAGCACCGUCUCUCAGAGCUGAGGAUUGUGCUGCUGGGGGAGAGACGGAGUGGGAAGAGUUCAGCAGGAAACACCAUCCUGGGCAGAGAGGAGUUUGAGUCUGGAAUAAGAACUGCACAGUGUGUGAAGAGACAGGGUGAAGUAGCUGGGAGACAGGUCACUGUGGUUGACACACCAGGCUGGUGGAAGAAAAUUUCAGUGAAGGACACUGCAGAGCUAGAUAAACAGGAGAUUGUGCGCAGUGUGUCUCUGUGUCCCCCGGGACCCUGCGCUCUCUUCCUGGUCAUUAACGUGAGCUCAGCAUUCAGAGAGGAACACAGGAGAUCAGCGGUGGAACACCUGGAGCUUCUCAGUGACAGAGUCUGGAGACACACUAUAGUGCUGUUCAUCGGGGGAGACUGGCUGGGAGACAGAACCAUUGAGCAGCACAUUGAGACUGAAGGGAGGGCCCUCAAAGAGCUCAUAGAGAAAUGUGGGAACAGGUAUCAUGUUCUCAACAAUGAGAACAGGGCUGAUGGGACUCAGGUCACAGAGCUGCUGGAGAAGAUAGAGGAGAUGAUGGCAGGGCAUGGAGGAUCUCACUAUGAAAUAGAUAGAAUGCUCUUACAGCAGGUGGAAGAGAAGAGGAGGGCAGUGGAAGAACGAGUGAAAUUAAGGAUGAUGAAGAUUCAGAAACAGAGAAAAACUUUCAGAGAACUUUUUGAGAAGGUGCUGGAGAAGAUAGAGGAGAUGGAGCACCGUCUCUCAGAGCUGAGGAUUGUGCUGCUGGGGGGGAGACUGAGUGGGAAGAGUUCAGCAGGAAACACCAUCCUGGGCAGAGAGGAGUUUGAGUCUGGAGUAAGAACUGCACAGUGUGUGAAGAGACAGGGUGAAGUAGCUGGGAGACAGGUCACUGUGGUCGACACACCAGGCUGGUGGGUGACAUAUUCUGUGAAGGACACUGCAGAGCUGGAUAAACAGGAGAUUGUGCGCAGUGUGUCUCUGUGUCCCCCGGGACCCUGCGCUCUCUUCCUGGUCAUUAAUGUGAGCAAAGUGUUCAGAGAUUCAAAGAAGAGAUCAGCGGUGGAACACCUGGAGCUUCUCAGUGAGAGAGUCUGGAGACACACUAUAGUGCUGUUCACCUGGGGAGACUGGCUGGGAGACAGAACCAUUGAGCAGCACAUUGAGACUGAAGGGAGGGCCCUCCAAGAGCUCAUAGAGAAAUGUGGGAACAGGUAUCAUGUUCUCAACAAUGAGAACAGGGCUGAUGGGACUCAGGUCACAGUGCUGCUGGAGAAGAUAGAGGAGAUGAUGGCAGGGCAUGGAGGCUCUCUCUAUGAAAUAGAUAGAAUGCUCUUACAGGAGGUGGAAGAGAAGAGGAGGACAGUGGAAGAACGAGUGAAACAGAGGAUGACAAAGGUUCAGAAUCAGAGAAAAACUCUCAGAGCACUUUUUGAGGGGGAGGAGCACCGUCUCUCAGAUCUGAGGAUUGUGCUGCUGGGGGGGAGAAGGAGUGGGAAGAGUUCAGCAGGAAACACCAUCCUGGGCAGAGAGGAGUUUGAGUCUGGAAUAAGAACUGCACAGUGUGUGAAGAGACAGGGUGAAGUAGCUGGGAGACAGGUCACUGUGGUCGACACACCAGGCUGGUGGAAGAAUAAUUCUGUGAAGGACACUGCAGAGCUGGAUAAACAGGAGAUUGUGCGCAGUGUGUCUCUGUGUCCCCCGGGACCCUGCGCUCUCUUCCUGGUCAUAUAUGUGAGCUCAUCAUUUGAAGAGAAACAAAGAAGAUCAGCGGUGGAACACCUGGAGCUUCUCAAUGAGAGAGUCUGGAGACACAUUAUAGUGCUGUUCACCUGGGGAGACUGUCUGGGAGACACAACCAUUGAGCAGCACAUUGAGACUGAAGGGAGGGCCCUCCAAGAGCUCAUAGAGAAAUGUGGGAACAGGUAUCAUGUUCUCAACAAUAAGAACAGGGCUGAUGGGACUCAGGUCACAGAGCUGCUGGAGAAGAUAGAGGAGAUGAUGGCAGGACAUGGAGGCUCUCACUAUGAAGUAGAUAGAAUGCUCUUACAGGAGGUGGAAGAGAAGAGGAGGGCAGUGGAAGAACGAGUGAAACAGAGGAUGAUGAAGGUUCAGAAUCAGAGAAAAACUCUCAGAGCACUUUUUGAGGGGGAGGAGCACCGUCUCUCAGAGCUGAGGAUUGUGCUGCUGGGGGGGAGAGGGAGUGGGAAGAGUUCAGCAGGAAACACCAUCCUGGGCAGAGAGGAGUUUGAGUCUGGAAUAAGAACUGCACAGUGUGUGAAGAGACAGGGUGAAGUAGCUGGGAGACAGGUCACUGUGGUCGACACACCAGGCUGGUGGAACAAUUAUUCUGUGAAGGCCACUGCAGAGCUGGAUAAACAGGAGGUUGUGCGCAGUGUGUCUCUGUGUCCCCCGGGACCCUGCGCUCUCUUCCUGGUCAUUGAUGUGAGCUCAGCGAUCAGUGAUACAGCAAAGAGAUCAGCAGUGGAACACGUGGAGCUUCUCAGUGAGAGAGUCUGGAGACACACUAUAGUGCUGUUCACCUGGGGAGACUGGCUGGGAGACAGAACCAUUGAGCAGCACAUUGAGACUGAAGGGAGGGCCCUCCAAGAGCUCAUAGAGAAAUGUGGGAACAGGUAUCAUGUUCUCAACAAUGAAAACAGGUCUGAUGGGACUCAGGUCACAGAGCUGCUGGAGAAGAUAGAGGAGAUGAUGGCAGGGCAUGGAGGCUCUCUCUAUGAAAUAGAUAGAAUGCUCUUACGAGAGGUGGAAGAGAAGAGGAGGACAGUGGAAGAACGAGUGAAACAGAGGAUGAUGAAGGUUCAGAUGCAGAGAAAGACUCUCAGAGAACUUUUUGAGGGGGAGGAGCACCGUCUCUCAGAGCUGAGGAUUGUGCUGCUGGGGGGGAGACUGAGUGGGAAGAGUUCAGCAGGAAACACCAUCCUGGGCAGAGAGGAGUUUGAGUCUGGAAUAAGAACUGCACAGUGUGUGAAGAGACAGGGUGAAGUAGCUGGGAGACAGGUCACUGUGGUCGACACACCAGGCUGGUGGAAGAAUAAUUCUGUGAAGGACACUGCAGAGCUGGAUAAACAGGAGAUUGUGCGCAGUGUGUCUCUGUGUCCCCCGGGACCCUGCGCUCUCUUCCUGGUCAUUAUGUGAGCUCAGCGAUUCGAGAGAAACAAAGAGAUCAGCGUGGAACACCUGGAGCUUCUCAGUGAGAGAGUCUGGAGACACACUAUAGUGCUGUUCACCAGGGGAGACUGGCUGGGAGACACAACCAUUGAGCAGCACAUUGAGACUGAAGGGAGGGCCCUCCAAGAGCUCAUAGAGAAAUGUGGGAACAGGUAUCAUGUUCUCAACAAUGAGAACAGGGCUGAUGGGACUCAGGUCACAGAGCUGCUGGAGAAGAUAGAGGAGAUGAUGGCAGGGCAUGGAGGCUCUCUCUAUGAAAUAGAUAGAAUGCUCUUACAGGAGGUGGAAGAGAAGAGGAGGGCAGUGGAAGAACGAGUGAAACGGAGGAUGACAAAGGUUCAGAAUCAGAGACAAACUCUCGGAGCACUUUUUGAGGUGUUACAGUUGAUCUUUAAAGAGGUCAAUGUCUAA